AUGCCGAAUUCCCGUUCACUCUUGAAGGCUCAUGGGGAGAAUAUUACCACCUGCCGGCCCACCUUCGAUCUCCCAACAGACCCUCAUCAGAUUGGUCCCGGGAUUCUAGGAGAACGCGUCAGGAAGAUUGCAUACGGUCGCGCCAGAGUCGUGCGCGUUGUGCCUCAUCGUGAGUCUCGUCAGUUGGCUACAAGUAAGAUUCCGCCACUCGAAUAUAUGCUUUCGCCGUGCCACCCUCUCCCAGCAAACCCUCAUCAGAUUGGUCCCUGGAUUCUAGGAGAAGGCGUCAAGAAGAGUGCGUGUGGUCGCGCCAGAGUUACGUGCGUCGCGCGUCAUUGUGAGUCUGGUCAGCUGUCUACAAUUAAGGUUCUGCCACUCAAGAAUAUGCUUCGCCGUGCCACUUCAAGCAGAUUAUCUACAGACUUGCUCUUGCUCAUAACCUUUCUGCCACUCGUCGCGAUCUCAAGCUGGUGUCUAGAAACAAGCUGUGGAAGCCCCCACUAUCCUAUUUCUCAAAUCGUUCGAGGAGAACGCUAUCUUGGUACUGCUACUGAGAUCAGGAGCUGCUGUGCAAUUGCUCCACCAGAACACCGUCGAGAAACAAGCUGCAGAAGGACCCACUGUCCUAGUCCUGAAAUUGCGCAAGGAAGCGCUAUCUUGAUACUGCUACUGAUAUCUGGAACUGUAGUGCAAUUCUCUUCGGGAGCUGCAGGUUCCACGCCGACAGAUGGUGUCUACUUUUAG